GUUAAUUAACAGCCGUCACAAUACAGAGAAAGACGCGCUCGGAAGUCGGAAGAGGGGUUUUCAAAGAAGAGUCCCUGUAGUUAUACACAGAGCAGGAGAGUAAAGAGAGUAGAGACGAGCAGGGAAGACAAGGCACUGACAAAAGCCCAGAAAACCCAGUUAUCAGAAGGCAGUAAUCAUGGCUGAAAAUGUAUCAGAAGACGCCCACGACUAUUCUUUACUCAAGGAUCUCAGAUUGCAAAUCGGUGUUGAAGAUUCAUCUUUCUCCCUCUGCUUUUGGGUUUACCUCAUGAACUCCACUCCAUUUCCUGCUACAAUAAUCGGACAGGUGCAUUCAGACAUCACAGGCAGUGCCCCUUUUCUUGUUUUAAAUGAAAAGAAAAAAAUGAUGCUUUUACCAUUGGUUUAUCUACACAGAGAAGCUCUCUAUCCUGGAAAUUCCACUUCAUGGACUGAAGUUCCCUCUGCAUCUGCAGAGGUUGACUUUCCCCUCAAGAGAUGGGUUCAUGUGGGAUGUGAGGUUGCUACAGAUUUUAUGCGGCUUCACAUUGAUGGCAAGAUUGUGGGAGAGAAGCCUCUAUCUUCCUUGUCUAACAAUGAAUCUGAUUCAAAUGGUUCAGGGAGAGUAACUUUGGUUGGUAUUGGUGGAGAUGAUGCUGUACAGGGUUAUAUCCAUAACGCAAAAAUCUUGCCUUUAACAUUUUCUAUCAAGGAUCACUAUGUUCAGGACCCGCCUUUACAACUAUCUAUUGAUAGUUCAACUGCCUUAGAUAUUGAAGAGGACAGUGAUGGUGUUUGGAGCAUUGUUGGUGGCAAGGCAUCUUGCCGCAGGAAUUUUUCCUUGGAUGUUAUUUUAUUAGAUGCCUUGGGCCAGCCUGUGAACAAGGAAAUAGAGGUUGAUGCUUCACUCUUGUAUGCUGAUAAUGGGGAACCGGUUGAGAAGCCAAAUGAUUCAGAAGCUCCUCUUCUAACGAGCUAUGAUGGGAUAGAAUUUUCUUCUUCUGAUAGGCCAAGUAAACUAUCAAAUGGACGUGCAUCCUUUAAGCUCAAGAUAUCUCAGCUCUCUUCCAAGUGUGAUAAUAGAUUGUUCCACAUUAAGUUUUCCAUACCAAAAAUUGGAACAUAUCCUUUCCUAGAGACCAUCUCCCAUUCAAUUCGUUGUAUCUCACGGAAUCGUAAUACCCGGUCCUCCUCUCUGAUGUGUAAAAGAUCUUCCUCUGUUGUCCAUCCUCUCAGUGGAUCUCAGUCAUCUGGGCUGGAUGACCUAUCAUCUGAUAUUCAGCACAGUAAUUUACGUGAAUUAAAGCCAAGUCCAUCAUUAAAGCGGAUCAAAUCAGGACAAGAAAAAUCAUCUGCAACAUUUAUGGUUGAUCCAACCAUGGACCAACCUGAUGAGGAAUGCAAUUCACAUGCCUGGACUUCUAAUCAGGUCAAUAAUGUGUGUCAGACACAUUUGGAGGGCAGACCAGAAAAUGUUGAAGAAACGGAAAAUUCUUCAUCUCAUUCGGAGAGCACUGAAGAAGGAAACCCAUUUUUCAACAAUAUGUCGAGUUAUAAAAAUCAAAUUUCAGAUUUAACCAUUUUCAAGUAUUGCUUGGGAGGCAAUGCUGAUAGGUGUCUUCUGCUCAAAGAGAUUGCAUCCUUUGCUUCUGAACAAGAGUUGGAAGACUUUGCACAGAUGGUUGCUCUAUACUCGGGAUGUUCCCACCACCGGUGCCAAAUAAUAAUCACAAGGAAAUUGAUAGAGGAGGGAACAAAAGCUUGGAAUUUGAUCUCUCAAAACAAUCACCAGGUGCAUUGGGAGAAUGUGGUUUUUGAAAUUGAUGAAUUAUUCAUGAAGAUUGCUCACUGCAGUACUAGAUCUCUAACACAUCAGGACUUAGAGCUUUUGAGGAGAAUUUCUGGAUGCCAGGAGUACCUUGACCGGGAAAAUUUUGAUAAAAUGUGGUAUUGGCUAUAUCCUGUUGCUUUUACAUUAUCAAGAGAUUGGAUAAAUGCAACUUGGUGUUCUGCCUCACCAAAGUGGAUAGAAGGGUUUGUUACGAAAGAAGAAGCAGAGUCUUCACUUCAAGGUCCAAGGGGCCUUCAACAACCUGGGACAUUUAUACUGCGGUUUCCGACUUCAAGGAGCUGGCCCCACCCAGACGCUGGUAGCUUAAUUGUGACAUACAUUGGCAGUGAUUACAAUCUUCACCACAGGAUGCUUUCCCUUGAUAAUAUUUACAGUUCUGAUGAAACGGUGAGAAACAUGAAACCUCUAGAAGAUAUGCUACUGGCAGAGCCCGAGCUCUCUCGACUUGGAAGGAUAAUAAGAAACCACUGAGCUUACUUCAAACACACUAUGAACCUCGUCCCCAAGGGAAAGAUGUGUUUGGCAUUGCCCAAUCUCUACAUUAUAUUGGGGUGGAGUGUUGAGGGAGAUCCUAAUUCUUAUUUUAGUGGCCUGUAUUCCUGUAGUCAUAUUAAGAAAGUAAAUGUCCAACAUAUAGAAGCUCAGGAUGUCUUUAUCAAGAAAUGUUUCAUUUACAAGACAGAGAUGCUGAAAUUGAAAAGCAUUGUUUUAGAAUUGGAUGUGUGUGUGAGAAAGAGAGAGGGUGCUGGGCUAUUCAAGUGGUAGAAGAAUUUAGAUAUACAACAUCAUUCAUAAUGGCCUUCAAACAUUGUGAAUAGAAUGUGAUGCCCUUUCCCCCACUACUUUUACAUGAAAACAUUAUAUCAAAGCUAGUGUAUGAUGCAUUGCAAAAAAAUUGAAGAUGCUGUUGAGUUCAGUUUAGAUAUAAAAUGAGGCUGCCAACUUUAAAUGA